AGUUGCGGGUUUUACACACGAGGAUUGAGCAGAGCAUUUCAUUAGGGUUUAAGCUAAAAUCUCCCUCAGAAAUGGCGUCUCUCAUGGCGAUUCGACGCGCACGAAGCCCUUUGCUGUCUCCUUUCUUAAAGUUACGGCCUCUUCACCCUUCUCAUUUCUCCUCCUUUCACGGCAACAACACCACCGCCAUCCCAACCCUAACAUCAGCGAAAACCCUAAGCACCUCCGCCGUCCCAAAUGAGCACCCGAGGCCUCCUCAGCAACAACCCCCGCCGUCCGAUCCUAGGUAUUUCAAUGACCAGGCGAACCUUAACCAGUGGAGCCCAGAAGGUCAGGGAUACGGCAACCCGAACCAGUGGAAUUCGCAGACCCAGGGGCCUGGGAAUCAGUUCAAUUAUCAGGGUCAGAACCAGAGCUAUUCCAAUCGGGGAUAUCCUAAUCAGGGUUCGGACUAUCCCAAUCGCGGAUAUCCUAACCAGAUUAACCAGAAUCAGAGCUACCCACAACGCGGAAACUCGAAUCAGUGGAGUCCGGCUCAGGGGCAGGGGAAGGGCACUCCUCAGUAUCAAAACCCUAACCAGGUGAAUCCUCCCCCUCCGAGCCCCAAUUUUCAGCAACCCAGAAGCCCAAAUCAGUGGAACAAUCCCAAUCAAGGAUACCCACAACCUGGAAACCGUAAUCAGUGGAGCCCACCAGCUCAAAACCCUAACCAGUGGAGCCCCCAAUCUCAAAACCCUAAUCGGUGGAGCCCACAACCUCAAAACCCUGCUCAGGCUGUGAAUCAAACCCCGGAAGUUGUGCCCCGUUCGAUCGAUGAUUUGAGGAGGUUGUGCCAAGAGGGAAAGGCUAAAGAAGCCCUUGAAUUGAUGGAUAAGGAAGGGGUCAAGGCUGAUGCUGAUUGCUUUCGUUCUUUGUUUGAGUUGUGCGGGAGAUUGAAGUCGCUCGAGGACGCAAAAAAGGCUCAUGAUUUCUUUUUGCAGUCUACCUGCAGGGGUAAUCGUGAGUUAAUCCAUAAAAUCAUUGAAAUGUAUAGAAAGUGUGCGAGCAUGACUGAUGCACGGAGAGUGUUCGAUCAUAUGCUUGAGAAGAAUAUUGAUUCUUGGCAUUUAAUGAUUAAUGGGUAUGCGGAUAAUGGGUUAGGAGAUGAUGGAUUGCAGAUGUUUGAGAUGAUGAGGGAGAAAGGGUUGCAACCCAAUUCCGAAACUUUCCUUGCAGUAUUCUCAGCUUGCGCUAGUGCAGAUGCGGUGGAAGAAGCAUUUAUACAUUUUGAGUCGAUGAAAACUGAGUAUGGAAUUUCUCCAGGUGUGGAGCAUUAUAUGGGAGUUUUAGAUGUGCUUGGAAAAUGUGGUCAUCUUUACGAAGCAAUUGAUUAUAUUGAGAAGCUCCCAUUUGAGCCUACAGCGCCAGUUUGGGAGGCAUUGAAAAGUUAUGCUCGGAUUCAUGGAGAUAUUGAUCUUGAAGAUCAUGCUGAGGAGUUAAUGGUUGCUCUUGACCCGUCAAAGGCUGUUGUGAAUAAGAUCCCAACUCCACCACCGAAAAAGCAUACUGCUAUUAGCAUGCUUGAUGGGAAGAGCAGAAUUAGUGAGUUUAAAAAUCCGACACUCUACAAGGAUGAUGAGAAGUUAAAGGCUCUUGCUGCGAUGAAAGGAGGAGGUUAUGUGCCAGACACAAGAUAUGUCCUUCAUGACAUUGAUCAGGAGGCCAAGGAGCAGGCCUUGCUUUAUCACAGUGAGCGAUUGGCAAUCGCGUAUGGUCUCAUCAGUACUCCGCCAAGGCAAACUCUUAGGAUCAUCAAGAACCUCCGCGUGUGCGGUGACUGCCAUAAUGCCAUUAAGAUCAUGUCGAAGAUUGUUGGAAGGGAAUUGAUCGUCAGGGACAACAAACGAUUCCAUCAUUUCAAGGACGGAAAAUGCUCGUGUGGGGAUUAUUGGUGAAGAGCAUAUGUCACCUCAGAGCUGUCUAAAGAGUUCUUCCCAGUUGCAGUUUGGUUUGUAAAAAUUUCGAACAAUGCCGAGCUAUAUACGGGAUCCUUUGCAGACCAGUACCCGUGCUUCUAGUUGGUAGGAGAUUAACCAUCCACUGCUUGUUUCGACAUACGUACUGAGCUAUAUAUGCAUUGCAUUAUCUAUUUGUCAAAAUGCCAAAUCACAUUUGCUUAUCCUUUUUCGGCCUUCUGAUUGCUUUCUUCCUAUGAGAUGCUAUUGGGUUAAUGAUGUUUUGAAGCUAUUAGAACAUACUUUCAAAAUAUGUCAGGAUGGUUGUUUCUCUAAUUUUAUGGUGCACAGAUGGUGUUUUGGUAUUUA